AGAAAAGCUGCACUUGUUCUGUUAGCAGUUUGCAGCGGCCAUUUCAAAGAGACCAUCACAAAGGCGAGAGAGAGAUCAGAGAGAAGCACCCGUUCCCGAGAUGCUGGCACCCUGCCUUCUGAGAAGAGUGGUCCUUACAGUUCCUUUAGUUUUUGUGGCUGCACUACUUCUCAUGGAGCCUGUUAGAUCUGAUCAAGAAGCAGGAACAGCCAUACCAGCUGAAAGCCGCCCCUGUGUUGAUUGCCAUGCGUUUGAGUUCAUGCAGAGGGCUCUACAGGAUUUAAAGAAGACAGCAUAUAAUUUAGACACACGGACAGAAACUCUGCUUCUUCAGGUGGAAAAGAGAAAUCUGUGUGACUGUGUAACUGCAAAUCUGCUGAACUGAAUCCAGGAGGCCAACUGUAUCACCUGUUCAGCGGUUUUUAAAAUGCAGCUGUAUAAAAUACAGCUUUAUGGAGUUCAUGUUGCAAGCAUGUACACCCCACUGUGCUGAGGAUACUGGGGGGUUGUGUCUUACGUAUUUGUCUGUUCCGUUUUGUUUUUUUUUUUUUUUUAAUAGUCCUCUUUUCAUAUUCACUGGGUUGCCAGUAAGGGCUCAGUUCAGUAAAUCUGCUACUUGGCAUUAGAGCGGGGGGAAAAUUUACAUGCUUUGAUUUUUAAAUCAGAAUUGGCCAAGUGUAACCCACAGGAUAAAUAUGGCCAGGGGUGCUCUAGAGACACCAGCAGCUGGUUUUGGUCUCUAAUAUGAGCAUACCUCUGUGGCAACUUCCCCAAUUAUAUUGAGACAGGUAAUUGUGUUCUCUGUAGGUUUUGCCUGUUUAUUAAAGAUGAUGGAAGUCCUUUCUGUUUGUUUGUGCUGUCGCCAUGUUCAGGCAUAUUGUAGUUAUAUCAGCUGUAAAGAGGCAUGUGUUACGAGGAGGUAUAUGUGUGCUAUACUUGGACCAAAACGGCUUAUAUCUUUGUGCUGAAUUUCUGGCAUCCUGUGUAAGAGUGUUGUCUUCUUAAAUUAAAACCUUUAAUUUCUUACCUUUCUUCCCUGGACAUUCCACCCUUAACCCACCAUAUCUUUAAAUAACUCCAUCCUAGCAGGUCAAAUGGGAAGAACAAAAAAAAGGAGAGUAAGACCAUGACUUUGCAGCCUUGCUGGCAGCCUUUCCAGAAGGCCAAAACCUCUCCAGCUGAGUUUGGAAGAAGGUUCAUGCCUGUGGCCUUAUCUCUUUAACUAAACCAGUGGGACUUUACUGGGAGUGGAUGAGAGAGGAGACACGAAUAC